AUGACAUGUGCAACGUGCUACAGACAGCGCCUCCGCUGUCACUCCACGGCGAGAGCCACCCCUGAGAACCCCACACUGUCUGCAGAGCCCCACUCUGGGGCUGCGACACUGGCUCCAGUGCCUGAGAUCUCGGCCUCGGGAAUGUGCCCCAGGCCUGUCACUGACGGGCUCCGCAGCAGUCUCCCUCGGCCGAAAGCCCCUGACUCUGCACCUCCACCCACCACGCAGAGUGCCAACUGUGGAACUGGGUCGUGGCCGCCUCCCUACCGCCCCGGGGCCGGGCCUGCCCGAACGGGCGCUUCCGUGCGGGACAAGCAUUUCCACCCGCAGGAAUCUGCACGGACCAUCAGCAGGCCUGAUAAGCUGCACGGGCCGCAAGAGGGGACGCUCCCACCCACCACGGCCCGCCGGCCCCUGGACCCGGGCCCUGCCGGCUCUCGGACACCCAAGGGGCGGCGCGCGGCGCAGGCUGCGAGGGGCGGUCAGCCCGGCGCUGGGGAGCGGCCAGGUGCGCGAACACCGCCCGCCCGUCCCGCCGCUGACCGGCAGCGCCAACUUUCCGGGGCGACGGGACCGUCUCCAGGGCGCGGCGGUUUCCUGGGCGUGUGCACGUGGGCCGAACUCCACUGCGCUGGCGCUGCCGCCCGGCAACUCGCACCUCCGCACGGUCACUUCCCCGCGGGCCGGGGCCGCCGUCCGCCCGCCCCGCCUCCCUGCCGGGGUCGCGGGCCCUCCCCUUCGGCCGCAGCCCCCGGGCGGGGCGGGGCACGCCCGGCCUCCGCGACGCCCCGGCCUCCCCGCCUCCCCAGCUUCCCCCCAGCCCGGCUCGCCCGCGGCUCGGCUCGGCCUCCUCCACAGGCCGGCCUCCUCCACAGGCCGGCCUCCCCGCCUCCACGGCCCGGCCUCCUCGCGCGACGCCCCGGCUUCCCGACAGCCCGGCCUCCCCGGCUCCCCGGCUCCCCGCAGCCGCCUCCCCGCCCGCCCGCCCGCCCGCGGACAAAGCGCCCGCCCGCCGCGGCCGCCAAACAUGGCGUCGGCACAGCCACCCGAGAGGCCGGCGGCGACCCCGGCGGCUCCCGUUCACUCACCUUCGGGGCCGCGGCCGCGGAGCCCGGCGGCGGGCGCGGGGCCGGCGCGGCCGAGGCGGCGCUAAUGGCGCCCGCGGCUCCCCCGCCAACGGCCGCGCAGGCCCGGCCCGCCGCCGCUCUGGGCGCGGGCUCCUGUCGGCGGCGGCCCGGCGCGGCUCGGCGGCCGCGGGCUCUCGGGGCGGGCGCGCGGGGCGGGCGCGGGGCCCGGCGGGGAGGCCCGGCCGGCGGCGGCGGCGGGGCGGGCGCGGGGCGCGGGGCUGGCUCGGACCCCCGGGCCGGCUCGCUCGCUCGCUCCCCAGCGAAGCAAACAAUGCGGCGAGCGCUCCGCCCGGCGCGCUGCGUGCGAGACGCGCCCCGCCCUCCGCCGCCGUGA